CGGUAUUGAACAUUGUACAAACACUGUUCAACGCUGUAGUCAAAUCGUUAUCUACAUCAACGUGUUGUCUCUUAAUUAUAAAUACUGUAGACAGUGGGUUAAUAACUUUAUUUCUAUUACUUGCAAGUGAUAAACUGACAGCUCUCAAUUAACACUUUUUGAUUAAAAAUGACGAUUGGGGUUAUGGAAGAGCGCAAUCAAGAUGCCACGAUAUAUGUUGGUGGAUUGGAUGAAAAAGUUAAUGAAUCUAUCCUUUGGGAGCUUUUUCUUCAGGCAGGUCCAGUUGUAAAUGUUCAUAUGCCUAAAGACCGAAUAAACAUGCAGCAUCAGGGUUAUGGAUUUGUAGAGUUUAUGACAGAAGAAGAUGCUGACUAUGCUAUGCGUAUAAUGAACAUGAUUAAAUUAUAUGGAAAACCUAUUCGUGUAAAUAAAGCAUCAGCAAAUCAAAAAAAUCUUGACAUAGGUGCCAAUAUUUUCAUUGGUAAUUUAGAUCCUGAAGUAGAUGAAAAACUUCUUUAUGAUACUUUCAGUGCAUUUGGUGUUAUACUUCAAACUCCAAAAAUUAUGCGUGAUCCUGAGACAGGAAAUUCUAAAGGAUAUGCAUUUAUAAAUUUUGCAAGUUUUGAAGCUAGUGAUGCUGCUAUCGAAGCAAUGAAUGGACAAUAUUUAUGCAAUCGUGCUAUUACCAUAUCAUAUGCAUUCAAAAAAGACAGUAAAGGUGAACGUCAUGGUUCAGCUGCUGAACGUUUGUUAGCUGCUCAAAGUCCUCUUUCUCAAGCUGAACGUCCACAUCAAUUGUUUGCCGAUGCUCCACCACCUCCUCCUCCACCACCACCUCCACCUGCUUUACUUGCAGGAAAUAUGACUCAUUCAAUUCCAACAAUGACAUCUCUUACAAUACCUGGUGCAACUUUAGUCAUGCCACCGCCUCCACCACCACCUAUACAAACAACUUUAGUAGGAUUUGGACAGUCUCUAGUGCAUGGUGGUGGUGGUGGUGGUGGUAGCAUGCCACCGCCUCCUCCUCCACCUCCACCACCAUCUGUUCUACCAAUUCCUGUUGCUUCUGCUGGUGCUGGUGCUAGUGCUGCUGGUCCAACUUCGUUCCCACCACCUCCUCCACCACCGCCACCACCACCAUCUUCAGCUAAUUUCUCUGCACCUCCACCCCCGCCGCCGCCACCACCAUCAUUUCAAGCAUUUCUACCACCACCAACAGUUCCAAAUUAGUAAAUAACCAAAAAUUGAGACAUGGCUGCUCAAAAAUCGCUGCCCUACGCUUCACUUAUUCUCAAGUUGCAGCAUUACAAGACAAGAAAGACAACACCAAAAACAACAACAGUAUUUCUUAUGUGUCCUGUUUUGUUUUUUUUGUUCUAUGAAAAAAAAGUGUAAUGUAAAAUAUUAAAAAAUAAAGUGUGAGGUUUUCUUUUUU